AGCAUUUUCUUCUCUUUUCAUCUUUUCUUCUCUAUAUAUAUUACACACUCAUAUUUUGGUGUGGCCAAUAGUAUACUUUGUGUUUUGCUUAAAGAAGACAAUGAAGAGCAAGUUCUUCCUUUGUUUUCGUCCCAUUGUUGAGGACUCUGUUAUUCACAACCACACUAUUGAUCGGUCUUCUCCAAUUAUUACAAAAAGAUGUGGCAAAAAUGAUCCACUGUUUGAGUCAAGAAGUAAUUACAGGCGAAAUAGAAGGGACAAGUUCCAUGGUGAUCACUCAGGGAAUCAAGAAACACUAGUUUUGAAGGGUAAUCAUAACCAGCAAAGGGAAAUUACUUCAAUUGGCAAUCUAUCUAAGGGAAAGCAGUCAUCAAGGCCAUAUUCAUACAACCACAGAAAUACCAUAAGUGCUUCAGCAGCAGCAAGUGAUGAUAUCAAGAAAUCUAGCUCAAGUGUUUAUUUAAUUAUUUUCGCCUUAUUUGCGACCAUCUAUUUUGGUAGGGUUUAUGCAAUAGUCUUAACAUCGUUAUGGCUUCUAUUGUUCUCUUUGGUACCGAAGUCAAUUUGCAGGAUACUUGAUAAAUUCUUUAUAGUAGGAUAUAGAGUACAAAAACAAAGCUAUAAUGGAUCAUGAUGUUGAAAUGAGACGGAUGUAAAAAAACACGCGAUCUAAGGGCGGAGCUAAGGGGCACAAAGAGGUCCAUCCGAAUUCUCA